CCGCGCGCGAGAUGAAGAUAUCCAAACCCGACGACGCGUCACUCCCUCGCCGCUCGCGCGCUCCUUCCCGCCACGCCCCCCGCGCCGGCCGGCGCGAUGCCGUCCCCGGCGUCCUACCUCCUCCUGAACCCCGCGAAGCCAUUCUCCCUCCGCCGCCUCUCGUACACGCCCCCGCGCCUCCACGCCCGCCGGUUCCAUGUCUCCUGCGACGCGCCGCGGGGGAGCGGUAGGAGCGCCGGCGGGAGGCGCGAGGCCAUCCCCACCGGCGCCAGAAAAUCCAAGAAGCAGAUCGUAUUCUUCGACGCCGCGCCGCCGGUGGCGCAGCCGCAGCAGGGCGGGAGCGCCGUAGAGAAGGGGGCGAGCGAGAAGCCGACGACCAAGGAAGGCGGCGGCAACGCGGCGCUGGCGCUGCUGAGGAGGGCGACCAAGAAGACGCUCGCGGCGCUGUCCAACCUCCCGCUGGCCAUAUCCGAGAUGUUCGCCAUCGCCGCCCUCAUGGCCCUUGGCACGGUGAUCGACCAGGGAGAGGCGCCGAGCUACUACUUCGAGAAGUUCCCCGAGGACAACCCGGUGUUCGGUUUCAUCACGUGGAGGUGGAUCCUGACGCCCGGGUUCGACCACAUGUUCUCCUCGCCGGUCUUCCUCGGCCUCCUCGCGCUCCUCGCGGCGUCCCUCAUGGCCUGCACCUACACGACCCAGCUUCCCAUGGUCAAGGUCGCGAGAAGAUGGUCGUUCACACAUUCCGGGGAAAGAAUCAAGAAGCAGGAGUUUUCUGAUUCUCUUCCCCGAGCAUCCAUUCAGGAUUUGGGUGUCAUCUUGAUGGGUGCCGGGUAUGAGGUAUUCACCAAGGGGCCGUCCUUGUAUGCUUUCAAAGGGCUGGCGGGUCGGUAUGCGCCUAUUGGCGUGCAUCUAGCAAUGCUUUUCAUCAUGGCUGGAGCCACGCUUAGCGCAACGGGAAGUUUCAAAGGCUCAGUGGAUGUGCCUCAAGGGCUGAAUUUCGUUAUAGGAGAUGUGAUGAAACCCAGAGGGGUCCUCUCUGUCGCACCUGAUGUUUUCAAUACUGAAGUUCAUGUCAACCGGUUCUACAUGGAGUACUAUGAUAGUGGAGAGGUCUCACAAUUUUAUAGCGAUCUUUCACUUUUUAACCUUGAUGGUAAAGAAGUGAUGAGGAAGACUAUCAAAGUGAAUGACCCCCUGAGGUAUGGGGGAAUCACAAUCUACCAAACGGACUGGGGAUUUUCAGCAUUGCAAGUGAAGAAAAAUGGUGAAGGACCUUUCAAUUUGGCCAUGGCCCCGUUGAAGCUGAAUGGCGAUAAGAAGCUUUACGGAACGUUCUUGCCACUUGAAGACUCGGACUCUUCGAAUCCGAGUGUCAAAGGAAUAUCGAUGCUUGCUCGAGAUCUGCAGUCUAUCGUGCUGUAUGAUCAAGAUGGCAAGUUUGUAGGGGUCCGUCGGCCAAGCUCGAAACUCCCCAUUGAGAUAAAUGGUAAUGAAAUACUCAUUGAAGAUGCUAUUGGUAGUACGGGACUGGAUCUUAAGACUGAUCCAGGAGUUCCUAUUGUGUAUGCUGGAUUUGGUGCGCUCAUGUUAACAACCUGCAUUAGUUAUCUUUCGCACUCUCAGAUAUGGGCAAUGCAAGAUGGAAGUACAGUAGUUGUCGGAGGGAAGACAAAUCGAGCCAAACUUGAAUUUUCUGAAGAGAUGAACCGGUUACUCGAUAAAGUACCAGAGCUGAUCGGUGCCAAUAACGAGAAUGUAGUAGAUAGCAAAUCCACUGCUACAUGAGAACAUUUUGUCUGUUGAGAUUGCUGAAGAUGCAGAUGCUCAGUUCAGGUGAGCCGAAGUUUGAAUUCCCAAAACAGAGCCUUCAAGAUUAGAGAAAUCAUAUUACCUUUCAGUAGAAGAUAGCUCAUGCUGCAAUUGGACUCUCUGUACAUCGUUGAAUCAGAAGAUCGCUGUACAAACUUAACGCUGGUAAAGGUUUCUGUUGUUAUUGCUGCAAAGAAGUAUAAUUGACAGCUUAUUGUAUCGCUAUACUUUAGAACAAAGUGAAAAACUGUAGCCUUUGUUGUGUAACUGAAUUUUUUUGGGGAGCACGAUUCAAAAUACAUAAUAAUUCAAAACCGCA